AUGCCUAUUUACAAGGACGAGUGUGUAUAUACGUUUGACACGCCUGAAUCGCAGCAUGGGCUUGAUGUUUGUGUUCAAUGUGGCAUUGCUGUUUCGCCUGAUCCGAGCCGUGACUUUUCCAAGGCGCAUUUCAACGGUACAGGACACGGCAAGUUUGUAAAUAUCAAAAAGGUUCCUCGCCCUCGGGGUCCUAAGGCGGUAAAGCUGGCAGUUUCAGCAGAGGCGGAAGCGGAUUUGUUUGAAACUGUGACUACCGCAAAGGACUUGGGCGGCGGAUCAACCGAUAGCCCGGAAUGGCAGCAAGAGAUUGACCGAGUUCUUGCGGCAGAGUCGUAUGCCAAGCGUCAGGAAAUCCAGGCGUGGGAACUCGAUAUCAAGCCUUGCAAGCAUGUUGCAGCGCUGGAUCAAGACGAAGGUGCGCGGCUAACUAGUGAGCAGCUUUCGAAAUGUUCGAAUUGCGAUCUGACCUCUAACCUGUGGAUGUGCUUGCAGUGCGGCAAUUUGAAUUGUGGGCGGCCCCAAUUCGGCGGAGGUGGCGGAAACGGACACGCUUUAGCCCAUUUUGAGGCUAGUCAACAUCCACUUUCCGUCAAACUGGGAUCGAUUACUGCCGAGGGAAGUGUCGACAUUUACUGCUACUUGUGCGACGAGGAAGUCAAAGAUCCAUCCAUCGCAAGCCAUCUAGCGCACUGGGGCAUUGAUAUUGCGCAGCAGGAGAAAACUGAAAAAAGUCUGGCUGAGCUACAGCUCGAACAAAAUGUUAAAUGGGAUUUCGCAAUGUCCUCUGACGGCAAAGAGCUGGAACCUGUUAUGGGUCCCGGGUUAACUGGUCUACGGAAUCUCGGUAACACAUGCUAUCUUAAUAGCGUUGUUCAAUGUCUAUUUGCAUUGCCUAUGUUUCAAGCUGCAUUCCCUGCCAACACCCCAGAUAACACGAGCUCAGCCGAUCCUGCCAACGAUUUGUUGAUUCAGUUGCGGAAAAUGCAGGAUGGCCUGAACAGCGGUCACUAUGCUGUCAAGGAUUUCCAUUCCGAAGAUGGUUACCAACGGGGAUUUGCACCCGCAAUGUUCAAGUACUUGAUCGGCAAAAAUCAUCCCGAAUUUGCAGGCAUGGGGCAGCAGGACGCAUUCGAGUUUUUAAGCUACCUUGUGGGAGAGAUCCAGAAAUUCGCUGCAAAAUCGGGCACACUCGAUCCGACAGAGUCCUUGCAAUUUGAAACUGAAAACCGCUUAGAAUGUACAGAAUGUCACGCUGUUCGUUAUAAGCUUGAAGGUCAGGAAAACCUAUCUGUGGCUGUUCCUAUUGAAGAAGCUGCUCCUGGCGAGUACAGACCUGUUCAACUAGCCGAAUUGCUGGAUUCCUUUACGUCCAAGCAAACUCUGGAGUAUUCUUGCGCCACAUGUAAAGUAGGCAAAACGGCCGAGUCAACCACCAAGUUCAAGUCCUUCCCAGAAGUUUUUGUUCUUAAUGCCCGCCGAUUCCAAAUUGUCGACUGGGUGCCUCGUAAGGCGGAUGUUCCUGUCAUUGUCGAUUCUUCCAUGUCUCUGGACAAGUAUCUGUCCAAGGGCCCCCAAGAGGACGAAAACGUUGUAGUUGACGAAGAGGCUGAAUUUGUGCCUAAUCAGGACGCACUCCAGCAAUUGGUAGCCAUGGGAUUCCCCGAGAGCCAAGCUACAGACGCAUUAAAAAACACUGGAAAUUCAAGCGCAGAGUUAGCCAUGGAGUUCAUGUUCAACCCCCCCGCCGAACCAUCCACUGGCGAUAUCGAUGAUGUCAGCCGGCUUCACCUCGAGUCAAUGGGGUUCACCACCGCGCAGGCCACCGCGGCGCUUCAGGCCAACACGUCAAUCGAAGCAGCUGUCGAGUGGCUAUUUGCCGGGAAUGGGGAGUCUAUUACCGAAAUUCCCGUGAAGGUGACGAAAAAAUCCUGUGGAGAUCCUUCUAUUCCGGCGAAUUAUCAGCUGCGGGCCAUCAUAUGUCAUAAAGGCACUAGCGUGCAUGUGGGCCAUUACGUUGCAUACGUUCGGCAUGGGGAUGAAUGGUACUUGUUUAAUGACGAGAAGGUUGUAAAGGGUGCUGAAAUCGAAGAAAUGCAGAAGUUUGCUUAUAUUUAUGUUUUUGAAAGGCUGCGCUAA